CUCGUGCCUCUGCUGUCAUCACCGUGGAAUCAGGCGAACGCUGCUGAGCGCUGUGAGCAACCAGAAGUGAAAGAUUCAUCAGGAACCUGGGAAGUGUGAGCGUGUGGAGGAGCAAGAGGAAGAAGAGGAGGAGGAGGAGAGGGAGUGGGGGCAGCGAGGAGAGGAGAGGCAGCCCUCUCCCUCCAUCACUUGACGGGCUCUUCUGCAGCUUCAACUUCAUCAUGGAUCUCUGGAGUAAGACAGUGAGAGGACUUCUCCCACAGCUCGCCCUGGUUCUUCUCUGCUGGUGCGAGGCGACAGGAGGAGAUGUGUGUCACGGCUCGCUGGUGUCCACUCUCCUCCCGUCGUCCUUCAGGAGCUCCUCCCUUCUGUCUGCCAGCCAUGGACCAGGCUUCGCCAAGCUGAACCGGAGAGAGGGCGCUGGAGGUUGGUCUCCUCUGACCUCAGACCGGUACCAGUGGCUGGAGGUCGACCUCGGGGGACGCACAGAAAUCACCGCUGUCGCCACUCAAGGUCGCUACGGAAGCUCUGAUUGGCUGACGGCCUACCUGCUGAUGUUCAGUGACACGGGACACAACUGGAAGCAGUAUCGACAGGAGGACAACAUCUGGGCCUUUCCAGGAAACAGUAACGCAGACAGCGUGGUUCAGCACAAGCUCCAGCUUCCUGUCAUCGCUCGCUACGUGCGCCUCGUCCCUCUGGACUGGAAUCCCAACGGGCGGGUCGGCCUCAGGCUGGAGACGUACGGAUGUCCCUACAACUCUGACGUGCUGAGCUUCGAUGGCCACAGCAGCCUCCUCUACAAGCUGAGUCCCCGGCCGAGGCAGACGACCAGGCAGAGCAUCUCUCUGAAGUUCAAGACCCUGAGGAACUCGGGGACGCUGCUGCGAGCGGCCGGUCGGGGGGAGCUCAGCCUCACGCUGGAGCUGGAGAAGGGGAAGCUUCUGCUCGUCCUGAGGAAAGGCAGCAGCUCGUCUGCAGCCGGUCGGCAGCUGGUGUCUCUGGGCAGCCUGCUGGACGAUCAGCACUGGCACCAGGUCAGCGUGGAGCAUCACAGCAAUCACCUCAACUUCACCGUGGACAAGAGCACCGAGCGGCUGCAGGUUCCUCCAGGACUCGCCCACUGGGACCAUGAUCAGAUGAGCGUCGGUGCCGACCUCGACUAUCGCCCGUCAUCAUCCGGGUCGGACCAGAAGUUCUGCGGCUGUUUGGAAAACCUCAUCUACAACGACGUGAACCUGGUGGAGCUCGCUCAGCAGAGGGACCAGCGGGUCGCGGUGAAGGGCAACGUGACCUUUUCCUGUGCUGAACCCGUUUUCGUGGCCGUGACGUUCACCGGCCCCCGGAGCUUCCUCUGGUUCCCGAGGGCGGCUGCACCGUCAUCCCCCUCGAUGUCGGUGGAGCUUCAGUUUCGGACGUGGAACAAGGCCGGGCUGCUGCUGACCUUUGACCUCCCAAACCACGGGGGUGCAGUCUGGCUGUACCUGAGCCAAGCCGUGCUCCACCUCCAGACCCACAAGCCUGGCAGGGCGCCGCUGGAGCUCCACGCAGGUUCAGCUCUGAAUGACGGUCAGUGGCACUCUGUGGUCCUGACCUCCAGACGGGGACAUCUGUCCCUCGCGGUGGACGGAGACAACGGAGCCGCUGCUCAGGCCACUCCCUCGUUUGUCGUCACCACAGAUCAACUCUUCUUCGGGGGUUGUCCCCCUGGAGGCAGCAGCCAGUACUGCAUGAACCCCUUCAGAGUUUUCCAGGGAUGCAUGCGUCGGCUGACCGUGGACGACCGACAUCUGGAUCUGAUCAAGGUGCAGCAGGGGCUGCUGGGAAACUACAGUCACCUGCAGGUCGACAUGUGUGGCAUCAUCGACAGGUGUUCCCCGAAUCACUGUGAGCACGGUGGCUCCUGCACUCAGUCCUGGAGCACCUUCCACUGCAACUGCUCCGGGACCAGCUACAGUGGAGCAACCUGUCACAGCUCGAUUCACGAGCCGUCCUGUGAAGCGUACAAACACAAAGGCAACACGUCCGGGUUCUAUUACAUCGAUGUGGACGGCAGCGGCCCCAUCGCACCUCAGCUCAUAUACUGCAACGUGACAGAGGACGUGACGUGGACGGUGAUUCAGCACAACAACACCGAGCUGACCCGAGUCCGACCGGCGGGGGGGAAGACUCGGCACUCGGCUCGAUUUGAGUACGUGUCCAAAGACGAGCAGCUGGCCGCCGUCGUGGGCCAAUCAGAGCACUGCGAGCAGGAGCUGACCUAUCACUGCAGGAGGUCACGUCUUCUCCACGCAUCAGACGGCGCCCCUCUCAGCUGGUGGGUGGGGGGUCCAGGUGAAGGUCAGAGACAGACCUACUGGGCCGGAGCCCCCCCGGGCAGCCAGCGCUGCUCCUGCAGCCUGGCACAGACCUGUGUGGAUCCCAAACACCAGUGCAACUGUGACGCCGAGCGCAGCGACUGGGCGAAUGACUCGGGCCUGUUGACCCACAAGGAGAACCUGCCGGUCAGAUCCCUGGUUCUGGGCGAUGUGCACCGGCCCGGCUCGGAGGGCGCCUACAGGGUAGGACCACUGCGAUGCCAUGGAGACAAAAAUGUGUGGAACGCUGCGUUCUUCGAGAAGGAGACCUCGUACCUUCACUUUCCCACGUUCCACGGGGAGCUGAGCGCCGACAUCUCCUUCCUGUUUAAGACCACUUCAUCCUCCGGCGUCUUCCUGGAGAACCUGGGCAUCAAGGACUUCAUCCGGAUCGAGCUCAGCUCCUCCACUGAGGUCCUCUUCUCCUUCGACGUGGGGAACGGUCCGCUGGAGGUCGGGGUGAAGGCCGCCUCCCCCCUCGAUGACGACAGGUGGCAUCGGGUCCGAGCCGAGCGCAACGUCAAGGAGGCGACGCUUCAGCUCGACGAGCUCCCCGCUGCCGCUCGGGAGGCUCCUGCUGACGGACACAUUCACCUGCAGCUGAACAGCCAGCUCUUCAUAGGAGGCACAGCGUCCAGGCAGAAGGGCUUCCGGGGAUGUAUCCGCGCCCUGCAGCUGAACGGCGUCACCCUGGACCUGGAGGAGAGAGCCAGGAUCACCCCCGGGGUUCAGGCGGGAUGUCCGGGUCACUGCAGCAGCUACGGCUCCCUGUGCCAGAACCAGGGCCGCUGCGUGGAGGGAACCAGCAGCUUCUCCUGCAGCUGUGGCCCGUCGGCCUUCACCGGAGCCUUCUGCGACCGAGAGGUCUCAGCCAGCUUCAAGGCGAGGACCUCCAUCAGCUACACGUUGGAGGAGCAGGCGGCGACCGGGCCGAGCAGGAGCAGCGGCGUGGCCUCCUCCAUGAGAGCAGAGAACAUCUCCCUGAGCUUCAGGACCAAUCAGAGUCCCUCGCUGCUGCUCUACGUCAGCUCCUCCCACAGAGAGCACCUGGCUCUGCUGCUCGAUGAGCACGAGAAGCUGGAGGUGCGAUACAGACUCGACAGCAGCAGAGACGCAGAAAUCCUGAGGAGCAAAUCGAGGAGCCUCGCCGACGGGCGUCUCCACACGGUGACUCUCAGCCGACGGGCAGAGGCUGUCUCUGUGCAGGUUGACCAGGACACCGAAGAGGACUUCAACCUCACGUCUGACGUGGAAUUCAACGGCAUCAGAUUGCUGACUCUUGGCAGAGUGCACCAUCCCAGGGAGAUGGAUCCGGAGCUGGCCCGGCUCGGCUCGCUGGGUUUCACCGGCUGCCUCUCCGCCGUCCUCUUCAACUCCAUCAGCCCUCUGAAGGCCGCCCUGCUCCACCCGGACACCAGCCCCGUCACCGUCACCGGCCCGCUGGUCCCGUCCCUCUGCGGCUCCACUUCGACCAAUCCCCACGCGGCAGAAACCACUCAUCACCAAUCAGGUCAGUCUGGACCCGUGGAGACAGGUCAGCCUCUAGUCAACGCCAUGAGGACUGACUCAGCUUUAAUAGGAGGUGUGAUAGCCGUGGUGAUCUUUGUCGCGUUGGCUGCGUUAGCCGUGACGGCCAGACUCCUCUACGGGAGGCGAGGGACGUGUCAGAGCCAGGCCAUCAAAACAGUCAAACCGGAAGACAGCCCCCCCGAGCUGCCGUUCAGCAGCCAGGCCGGCUCGCAUAACAUCCCCAGUGAGAACCAGAGGGAGUUUUUCAUUUAGCUGCAGCUUGGACCUGUUGCUGACCUGGAGUCGGGCCGAGGAGACGGACGGGGACGGACGGAGAUGGAUGGAGAUGGACAGAGACGGAUGGAGAUGGACGGAGACGGACGGGGAUGGACGGAGAUGGACAGAGACGGCGAUCCCUCCUCAAGCUUCGGUCCUUUGCACUAAAAACUGAGACCGAGACGUGAGGAAGCAAACAGGAGGCGUCUGUGGUUGUAUUUUUGUAAAGACUGUAAAUAGAUGCACAAAAAGUCAAAAAGUGUUGAAUAUUAUUAGUUGGAACAAUUGUAAAUAUACAAACGUGUACAAAUUAUGACUUUAUAUAAAUUUUCUGUGUAACUGAGAUGUUGAAUAGUAAAAUGACGUUGGUAUGAAACAGCUCUGUUGGGUCUGGGAUCUUUUAAAAGCGUUUUCUGGCACAGAUAAUUAAUGUUUGAUAUUUUCAGUGAGUGUUUGUCGGAUGUUCGGAAAACUGAAGCAGGAUUCACUUUACAGUUUAUCGUCAUGAGUUUUAUUUUUUUAUUUUUAAUCUUUGUACUUGUUGGAUGAAAUGGGGGAAUAAUCCAAUUUCAAAUUUUCUCAACAAGUCGUCAUCUCAGUUUGAAGCCAAACUUUUAUUUCUCUCCCUUUAUAUCCGUUGCUCGGUUUCUAUUUUGGUCAUGAAAGAUUUACAGUUAAAAAAUUCAAGUCUUGUCAUUCCUAAAAUAAACUUAUAAAAAAAGAUGUACGACACAUCUUUACUUCCUUUCACUAUCAAGAAAUGAAGUUAAAAUAACCCGGACACAAACUUUUCCAUUCAACAAUUGAAUGUGACUUUUUAGCUCUGUCCGUGUCCGAUCCACUAUCAUGGCUGAGGUGGGUUUUAUGACCUGUACAGAAGCCAGCCACCAGGGGGCGUGUUGUCCUCCAUCUUCGUGGCUCCCAGCAUCGAGGCUUCUCUUCUGCAUCACGCUGAGCUGCAGCGUUCCUGUUGUUUCAAUGAGUUCCAGUUUAAUUCUGUACAGAUAUUUUACAAACACUUUUC